AUGAAUUUUGGGUAUCAGAAUGAUGGGAUUCCUAUAUCUGAUUACUUUAAGAGUGCCAGUAAAAGUCAGUCACAGAAGAGGUUCAAGCCAAGAGAAGUCAAAGCUCUGUCCACUAGGCAGCAGGUGUCGUGGAUGAGGCGAAAGGACGAGCUACUCGAACUUCUAACUUGGGACAGUCACACCUACGUUAAUGACGACAGGUAUUCUCUAGUGCAAGAGGCAGGCGACAGAUGGCGCAGGUGGAGGCUGGUGGUGCGCGACGCCCAAGCGGAGGACCAGGGCCAGUACCGGUGCCAGGUGGCCACGCAGCCGCCCAUGGCCCUCACCGUCACACUCAACGUCACAGAGCCCCGCGCCCGCGUGGUGGACGAGCGCGGGACGAAGGUGCUGGAGAAGCACUACAACAGCGGCAGCAUGAUCGAGCUCAAGUGCGUGAUCGAGAGGGUGCCCUUCCCCCCCGCCGCCGUCACCUGGCGGAGGGACGCCACGCUGCUCUCCUUCAACACCUCCAGAGGCGGCAUCAGUGUGAAAGGCGACCCAACCUCAGGCUUCAUAAGGAGUCAGCUGUACGUACGGGAGGCUUCGCCGUCAGACUCCGGGGUUUACUCGUGCUGGUACGGAAACUACACGAGAGAUAUUGUCACCGUGCACGUCUUGGCAGGCGAGAACUCAGCGGCCAUGCAACACGAUGCGCUGCCGGGCGGUAGUGCCUCGGAGAACGCCCGGGGGCAGAGCAGCGGGGGCGCCGCCCUCCCUGCCUCCUGUCCGUCACAACUGCUCCUGGCGCUGUUGACGUCCUACUUCGGCGUCUCCUCCUACUUCUUCAGAAGCGGAGAUCCUUCUCCCUCGUGGGACUUCCUCUGCUUGAGAAGAUUAGUUGGUGUGUGCCGUGUGAUCUGUGUCAGCUUCUCGUUACGCUUCUAGUCCAGUGUUUUUUUGUUUUUAUCUUUUCGGAGAAUUUCCCAAAUGCCAAUCCCGAAACGCAGAAAACGUGUCGGAAAAUGGCCCGGGAGGGGAAGAGUGCCGAGCACACGUGAUGGCCCCGAAACCCCACGCCGGCUCAUAAGCGAAUCCAAUUCAUUUGCAGACUGUAAUUACGCAUAAUCUGUCUUUACCCUCGUUCUGCUAAUCAAGUAAGAGGAUUAAUCCGACGCCUAAAUUAUGCAAAUACAAUGCCCGCGCGGGAGAAUGUGCGACCUGCGGCGCCGCUGCCUGUUGGUUCCAGGCCAGCCUUGGACCUGGCGCACGGGGGCUCCAGCUUGUUUCUGCUCUCUUCCUGGUCGGUCUCUCUCUCGCUGUCUCUUUUUUCUGCUCUCUCUCUCCUAUCUAUCUAUCUCUAUCUCAU